AUGGCGGAGGCAAGGUUUGCAGUGGGGCCCACAGCGGCCCUGCACCACGUCGGCUUUGAAGUGGACACAAGCAUUAAAAAAACGCAGCUGUACGUGGACAACCGUGGCCUUGUGCUUUACAUUCCACACCCCUACUUUAUUCUGAAGAACUUUCGUCGCUCCUUCUGGCGUGGGGUUGACAAAGUGCGCUUCGCGCUUUACCCGAUUCCAUUGUCUGUCGUGACCGCGUUCAGCUUUGGUGUCUUCCUAUGGGUACUCAAUUCACCUGCCGACGCAUGGAUCCGCACAAACCGUUUCUCAGAGCUUCUCUGGCGUUUUGACGAAAAGAACCCCAUUACCGCUCGCAUUCCCGCGCGAUACCGCAUGCCGGCCCUCUGCGCAAAUGUCGGCUUUGGCGUCGUGACGGUCUUCACGGCACUGCAGCGCUUUGCCCUCCGGCAGGUGCUGAAGUACAACGACUGGAUAUACGAGGCUCGGACAAGGGUGAGCCGCAAGACGAAGAUAUGGGGUUUCAUCCUCAAGACGUUUUUUAUGCAUACCAUCAAAAAAACAGGCGCGUACGAGAACUGUCUUCCGUCGCAACCGUUGCCAGCUCUCGAAACCACGGUGCGGCGUUUCAUGAACUCGAUGGUGCCAUUCUACGAGGGGAAACCGGAUGAGUGGGAGCAGCUGAAGCGAUUGUCUGAGGAAUUUCUAAAGAACGAGGGGCCGCGGCUGCAGAGAUUCUUGUGGCUAAAGUACCUGGUCGCAGAUAACUACAUGACAGACUGGUGGAUGAAGUACGUGUACCUCGCCCAGCGUGAGCGACUCUGCAUUAACUCCAACUGGUUUGGGGUGGCGUUUGCCAAGUACGUCCCUACCCCGCUUCAAGCCUCUCGUGCGGCGGCGUUGGUGUACAACCUUGUAAAGGUAAAGAAAAGAAUCGACAAGCACACUUUCCCACCACAGUUCACCGGCCCCGUUCCGCUUGACAUGAACCAGUAUCGAUACGUCUUUAACACCACCCGUGUUCCAGGGCGCGAGAUGGACGUGCUGCUUCAGUACGAGGGAAUUAAGCACAUCGUGGUCAUCUACAAGGGUCGCUUCUACAAACUGGAGGUUUUGCACCCGCUGACGAACCACCAACUCACACCGUACCAAAUGGAGAAGGCGCUAGAGUCUAUUUUGAAUUCAGAGGAUGAGAUGGACCCUGUGGAGGCGCUUAUUCCUGCCUUCACCACCGCCCCCCGCGCAGAGUGGGCGGACAUUCGCGACAAGCAUUUCAUUCAAAACCCCUACAAUGUGAAACCACUGCAGUUAAUUGAGGAGGCCAUUUUUGUGCUUUGCCUUGACGACGCAAAGCCGAAGUCCCUUGAAGAGGAAGGCAUGAUGUACUUGUGCGGCAACGGUCACAAUCGUUGGUGCGAUAAAAGCUUCAACGCCAUCGUUACAGAGGACGGUCACUGUGGGGUGCAUGCGGAACACUCAUGGGGAGAUGCCUUAACCCUCGCAAACGUGGUGGAGUACAGCCACGCGUCGGAUGAAAUCCGCGAGCUCUACGCAGACGAUGGACAUGUGAAAAAACUGCCGGAAGAUGAAAAGGCGUUGGCCGAUGGCAAAUUUGAACUGUUUGCCCCCAACCGCAUCCGCUUCACGACGGACGCCGUGAUGAAACGCACCGUCCAGGCCGUGCAAGAGAGGUACCUUUGCGAGGUGAGGGACGUUGACCUCCGUGUCUUGCGCUUUUCCGACUACGGCAAGGAGUUGCCGAAGAAGCAGCGCUGCAGCCCUGACGCAUGGAUGCAAAUGGCAAUGCAGCUCGCAUACUUCCGUGAUCAAGGUCGCUUUGACCAGACCUACGAGGCGGCUUCUUUGCGCAUGUACCGCAAGGGACGCACCGAAACCAUCCGCAGCGUCAGCGAGGAGUCCUGCGCCUUCGUGAAGGCGAUGAAUCAAGCUGCCGUGAGCGCAGAGGAAAGGCUCAAACUUCUUCGUAUCGCCUGUGACCGUCACCAGCAGACAUCACGUGACGCCAUUGCAGGCCGCGGUAUUGAUCGCCACCUUUUUGGAUUGUAUUGUGCGAGUGCCGGCUUGGGGGUGGCGUCCGAAUUCCUUCAGGCGGCGAUGACGUCCAAGUGGAAGCUCAGCACGUCGCAGGUGCUUCCGCGACAGCUGCCAGACAAAUUUCACUCGCCAAACAGCGAGCUAUUUGAAACGCCCAAUGGCGGCUUUGGCCCGGUGCAAGACGACGGCUACGGGGUGUGCUACUGCCUAUACGGCAAAGAUUUGGUGUACUUCACCGUCACGUCGAAGCACAGCUGCGCAACGACAUCAUCGGCGCGGCUUGCGGAGAACAUUGCGAAGGCUCUCCGCGAUAUGGCUGCGCUGGCGAAAGAAACGUAG